UGCUAUGUGACUAAGCACACAAAACAGAAACAUUUCGAGACUCAAGACUCCACAGGCCACAGACAUACAGAGCAUGUCGUAUCCUGAAGAGAAAUCGCUUGAUUGUUCAGUCAGGAUGAGCAAGCCAAGGAUCCAAGGCAAGCAGAGAGGGGGCCUCGGCAGGGUGCUGAGAGAGCACAAGGCGAGGCUGUACAUCAUCCGGCGAUGCGUGGUCAUGCUGCUCUGCCACCACGACUAGAUUACUGAUCGAUGAUUUCGGCUCAAGUCCAAGACUCUAGUUUUGCUCUGGUUUCCAUUAAUUUUCAGGCUUCGGAGUUAGGUCUUGACAUUCUUUUGAUGUGUAUACUGAGGGAACCAUUGUUAGAUGUAGACUUUUUUGGCGAGAAAGCUUGACAUUCUUGCUGUGCACUUGGUAGAUCAGAAAUGCAAUAUCUGGAUAUUACGGAUGUGGAACUUU